AACCCACCAUUUAAAUUAUCAGUUUCAGAUCACGUAUCUCUACCUUUCUUUCUCUCACAGAACCUUACACACCCUUAACACCAAUCACCAUGUCUAUUCCUUCUUUUCUUCAUUCAACUCUCGGCCAAGUCAUGGUCCAUUGCCAUGCUCUACCACUCCAUGUUGCACUGUGGACCACUUUGUUAAUGUUAACAGUUGCGGUGGCAUCUUUUGCUCCCGAGAUUGCCUUCAUAUCGUCGAUAUCUCCCUCACUGUUUCCGGGAUCAUUGUCUUGUGCCGAUGAUUUUGCUAGGAUCCCUUUGGAAUUUCCUGGGGAGACACUCUGCCUGCCUGCUCACAUGGUGAGGAGGUCUGGCUUCGAUUUCUUUGUGCCUACUGUACUCGCAGCGCUCCUUGUGGCUGCUUCUGCUUGCGUUAUUCGAUCAUGUUCUCCCACCAUGGAGGCUGAGAGAGUAGGAGGAAGUUAG